AUGUCCGACUCAAAUGGGCCUCGCGUCAGCGUCACCCGGUGCACCGAGGUCUCUGCCUCGUGUCCCGUCGACGAAACCGUCCUGGGAUACUACCCGAACCUGGGAUCGGGCAUCUUCUUCACCAUCGCCUUUGGGACAUGUCUGAUUGCCGCCUUCUCGCUCGGCAUGUGGAAGAAGACGUACAUGGCAGCCAUAACGAUAGGGCUGAUACUAGAAACCGCAGUGACCUCACCACCCAUCGUCGAGACAGGCUACGUCGGGCGCAUCCUCCUCCACUACAACCCGUGGCACCAGUCCGCCUUUGAGCUGCAGAUCUGCGCCAUCAUCCUCGCGCCCACCUUCAUCUGCGUGUCCAUCUACCUGACGCUCAAGCACGCCGCGCUGCACCUCAACCCGCGGCUCUCGCGCAUCCCGCCGCGCUGGUACCCGCGCCUCUUCCUGCCCGCCGACCUCUCGUGCCUCAUCGUCCAGGCCAUCGGGGGCGGCAUCGCCGCCGCCGCCGGCCACUCGAACCCCAAGCUGCUCGAGGGCGGCAACCGCGCCAUCAUCGCCGGCGUCGUACUGCAGGUCCUCGUGCUCGCCGUCUUUGGCGCCCUGGCCACCGACUACUUCGCCCGCGCGGCGAGGCACAUGCGCAGCGCCGACGCCACGGCCCCCGAGCUCGCCCUGUGGCACGACGCCAAGUUUCGCGCCUUUGCGCUCGGCGUCACGGGCGCCUAUGUGGCGGUCCUGAUCCGCUGUAUAUACCGUAUUGCCGAAAUGGCCGGUGGAUGGGGCAACAGGAUCAUGCAGGACGAGCCGAGUUUCCUCGUGCUCGACAGCUCGCUCAUCCUCGUCGCCGUGUACUUGCUCACCAUUUUCCACCCGGGCAUCUUCUUUCCUCAGAUGGCCAACGGGCACCGCGAGAAGAAGGCUGCUGCUGCUGCUUCCGACGCCGAGAGGGAGAGCCCCGAGCCCAAGGCGACUGACUGUCCGGAUUCCUCCAACGAGGGACAAAAGACUGAAUCGAGCCGUUGA